UUCCACGAACCUGCAGGGAAAUUUCUUAUGAGGAAAAGAACGCUUCCCUUGCGGCUAUGUCACAUAUUUAAAGCCCUCGCCAACCUCCUCUCUUUCUCCCAACAUUCUCCUCCUUAUAGACUCCAAACCUUUAGCUUGCUCUUGCUGCCUGCUGAACCACUUAAUUUCUCUCACAUUUUCCAAUAAAGAUUAAACUAAACAUGGCAGUUAGCAAGCUCCGUGCAGAAGAUGAGAGUGAUCCAGACCAACCCGUGGCCAAACGGCUGAGAUCUGUGCCUUCCUUCGCAUCUGUUAUCAGAGAAGCGGUGGUGGCAAAAUCCUUACAGAACGUCUGUUUUGCGUUGGAACCACUGCUUCGGAGGGUGGUGCAUGAGGAGGUGGAGCGUGGACUGGUUCAUGUCAUGCAACCACCAUUAAGAUCUCCGCAGAUGUGCAUUGAAGAGGUGGAGCCAUCAUCAUGCUUGCAACUCGCAUUCGCUCGACUGCUCUCACGCCCAAUCUUUACCGGCAGCAGGAUAGAAGACAAGGAGAAGAAUGCACUUCAAAUCCUGCUUACAGACACUCGAACCGGCGAAAGAUCGCCAACCCUGCUCAAAAUCGAAAUAGUGGUCCUUGAUGGAGAUUUUCCUUCUGGGGAUCAAGAGCAGUGGACCAGUGAUGAGUUCAACGGUCGAAUUGUCAAAGAACGGGAAGGGAAGAGGCCAUUACUCAUUGGGGAGCACACUGUAACAUUACGAGAUGGAAUGGCUCACAUUGGAGAACUCAUGUUUACAGACAAUUCAAGUUGGAUAAGGAGCAGGAAAUUCAGACUUGGUGCAAGAGUUUUCCCUGGAAGCUAUGACGGACCAAGGAUUAAAGAAGCACUGACAGAAAGUUUCACAGUUAAAGAUCACCGGGGAGAAUCGUAUAAGAAGCAUUAUCCACCAUCCCUUGGCGACAAGGUCUGGAGGCUAGAGAAGAUAGGGAAGGGUGGAGCUUUCGACAGGAGGCUGGCUGCUGCAGGAAUUAAAACCGUCCAAGAGUUCUUGAAGCAAUUGGUCAUCGAUCCCUGCCGCCUGCGCAGUAUACUGGGGCCGGGGAUGUCAGACAGGCAGUGGGAAAGAUCUAUAAACCAUGCAAGGACCUGCACCAUAGGGGAGCAGCGAUACAUGUAUCGCAGGCAAGCUUAUGCUGUCAUCAUGAACCCUAUCUGCGAGGUCGUAGGAAUCAUGAUUAAUGAUGUUGUAUCAACUCCGCAGCACCUUAGCCAACAGCAGAUGGCUGAUUUUCAGCAGCUGAUCCUGGAGGCAUACCACCAUUGCGAUAAAUUGGAGAAAGUUGAUGGGAUGUCAUUCGAUGCAAGAACUUCUCUGCAACCAAAUGAUCCAAUGGAUGCAGGUGUGAUAGGUUCCUCCACUUGGUAUUCCAAUCAUCACGAGAGCUUGCGCUCGCAGUAUCCAAAUGAGGGGAUUUUUGAGUUGGGAACUACUCCCAGCACUCUGCAGUUGGGAUCUAAUAACUGGAUCCAAAACACGAUGCUUGACACCCCUGAUCAACUUCAUGAGGGAUACUGAGGAAACGAUCAGGGAUCCUAACAAGUUUUGAUGUACUUUUCAGUUUGUAAGUGCUAAUAUGCAUGGUAAGGUAUAUACUAAUUGCCUUGCACAUGUAACCUAUUGUUUGGAUUGUUUAUCCAUUUACAGCCCCUGAUUGCUUAAGUGAGAGGAUGCAAAUCAAGCAAAAAGAGGCUUUUCUCUAAGAGAGAGUAAAAAAGAGCUUUUCUGUAUAUUGGUUGAAUCAGAGAGGGUUGUACAUAAGGGAGGCAUAUUGCAGACCUAUGCAGUUCAUCUUCUUUUUUCAUC